AUGGCCGCCUCCACCAACGGCCACGUCAAAAGGCCGGCAAAGAGCGCCAGCGACCUGACCGACCCAAAGGACAUGAACGGAACUGCCGCUCGCCAGUCGAAGCCCAAGCAGCAGCCGCCCAGGCGCCGCGGCUUCGCGCCAUGGCUCUUCAGCAACGCCGUCCGCGUGUCGGUGUGGUAUGUUAUCAUCACCAUGCUCUUCCGCUGUCCCAAGUCUCUCGACGACCUCUCCGACGACUCUCCUAAGCUGUGCAAACCCUACUUGACCGUGCAAUCACAUGCCGCCCCAUACGUCGAGCCAUACUACAACACCUACCUUGCUCCCCACGUCGAGAAGGCCCAGCCGUACCUCGACCGCUUCAACGAUCAGAUUUACACGCCCUCGGCCGAGUUUGCCAAGCACACCUACCAGGUUUAUGGCGCUCCUCGCGUCGCACAGGCCCAGGAAUUUGCUUCUGCCGAGUGGGAGAAGACGCUGAGACCUCGCCUCCAGUCGGCUCAGGGCCAAGCAAAGGCACAGUACGAUGCAGCUCUUGCCCCGCACGUUGACAAAUUCUCUGCCGCCGCUUCCCCUUACUACGAUCAAGCAUCCUCCAUCGUUGGUGAUACAUAUAACAGCAAGGUUGUCCCGGCAUACGAAGUUGUGCUCCCUCACGCACAGAAUGCCUACGAGCAAGGACGCCACUACGCCGUUGAUGUCGGCUACCCGUACGCUCGCUGGGGCGCUUCCUCGCUCGGAAACUUCGUGUUCCGUCAGGUCUGGCCGCAACUUCGGAUUCUUUACGGCGACAAUGUCGAGCCACAGCUCAUGAGAAUCAAGGAGAGGCUAGGCCGCUACAAGGAUGGCAAGAAGCUGGAGGCUGCAGUCGAAUCGGUCGACAGCUCUGUUUCAUCGUCCUCGGCGGCAUCCAGCACCUCGUCCAUCUCUUCCUCAGUCGCGGCUUCCGCUGCUGCUCACAUGUCCUCAAGCACCACUGCGAGCAGCUCUGUGGGAUCCGAUUCAAAGGAUUCCAAGAACGAGGACGUGCAUGAAAAGGUGGCCAAGGACCUCAGGACAUGGCAAGAGAAGUUCGCCAAGGCCGCGGAUAAGGGUGCUGAGGAUCUUGAAGAGCGAGUCAAGGAGAUAACUGCCCAUCAGAUUGACAGCCAAGCUCACGGCGUCGGCCAAGCUUUCCUGGUCCAGCUCGAGGAGACCGCCGAAUCGAAGCUCAAUGAUCUCAAGUCACAGAUCAAGAGCGCUGUCGAAGCACUUUCUGAGGAGGCAAACGAGGACGACAUCGAAGCUGCUUAUGGUGGCCUCAUGGGCGCAGUACGCGCCGCCGGCCAGGCCAUUAAGGAGAAGGCUCAAGCCAUUCGCUCGUGGAAACAGAACUACGACCAAGAAACUCAACACCUCAUUGUCUCAGCUACCGAGUCUACACUUGAGGUUAUCGACCACAUCAGAGACCUCGGCCUCCAAGAGAUUGGCAUGCGCUGGGCCUGGAUGGAGGGUGUUACCUACAAAGACUGGUCAAAAUACCACUCGUUGAAGAAGACGUUCGAUGAAUGGCGCCGGGAGGUCCAGGCUGUCGCUUACGAGCACCCUGAUAACAAGGUCGCAAAGGCAGAAGGCGUCAAGAUUGAAGAGACCGGUAUGGCCGUUGCUGAAGAAGCUGCAAAGGAAUUGGUCCGUUUGAAGGAUGUCGCUCGCUUCAAACUCUACACCCACGACAGCUCUGAUGACUUUGAGUCGACCGUCAUCCCCCCCUCGGCCAUUAACGCAGCUCGCAAGGUCAAAGAUGCAAUCCAGAAUGCCGCCAGCGAUGCUAGCGAGGCUGUUGCAGGAACUUCCCAAGGCACGGUUGAGUCGGCGGUUUCUGGGGCGUCGAGCAGUUUGGAAAGCGCCGCAUCUGCUGCCAGUGAAAACAUCAUCGGCACCGAACCUGGAGUCGCGGAACAGGCGGCUACCAAGGCCUCUGAGGCGGUCCUGGGAACCCAAGAUGCUACGGACAGCAUUUCUUCCGUUGCAAGUUCGAAGGCUUCCAAGGCCAGCUCAAGCGCUGGAGAAGCAGCACAGAGUGUUGUCUCGGCCGCCAAGUUCAAGAAAGAUCAGGCCAGUCAGGCUGUUCUUGGGUCACCGGCUCCUCCCCAUGAGUCGAUCGCAUCCAAAGCCAGUGAGGCCAUCAUUGGAUCCGAGACACCUGCGUACGAAUCGCUUGCUUCUCGGGCCAGUGAGGCAGCCGUUGGAUCUGAAACCCCUGCCUACGAGUCCAUCGCCUCCCAGGCUAGCGAAGCUGUCAUCGGGAGCUCUACUCCCGCUGCUGAGUCCAUAGCCUCGGAAGCGUCAUCCAGCACCGAGUCUUUGGCUUCUGAAGCAUCUGCAAGUAUCGAGUCAGCUUCUUCCGUUAUGUCUGAGGCCGGCGCUGAUGCCACGGAGUCCGUCAAGAAGGUGUGGGGCGGCGCCAUGGCUCAAGCCAUUGUUGAGGCGAAGCAGAUUGUUUUCGAGGAUGAGAUCGACGACUCCGAUGAUGACACAUACUCGGAGAAGGUUCAGAGUAUGGUCAGCGAGGCCGGUGACCGCGCUGCUGAGCUCACUCGGGCAAUCAGCGAGGCGAUCUUGAAGCCCACAUCGACACAGGGCUCCGUCGAGUCGGCCACUUCUCUGGCCAGCGAGCAGUAUGCCAAGGCUCUGGCGGCCGCUUCCAGCGUACUUUACGGUCCUGAGCAAGGUUCUGCCGAAAGCGUUGUCAGCGUUGCUUCCGACAAGUACGCUCAGGCUGUCACUGCGGCAUCGUACGCCAUCUAUGGCACUCCGACCCCAGUCGUCGAAUCGCUGCGCGCCCAGGCCAGCGCUCAGUACAAUUCUGCGCUUCUGCUUGCCAAGGAACAGUAUGAAGAAGCCAAGUCUGCUCUUUCUGCGAAGAUCUCUGGAACCCCGAAGCCCGCUCAUGAGCAGGCUCUUUCCUCUAUCAAUGAUGCCUACUCUUCCUCGGCCGCGGCUGCUAUUGCUAAGCUACAGAACGCUCUCAAGUACACCGACUCGGUCAAGAGUUACGCCGCAGGUCCGACGCAGGGUGCGUGGGAGUCUGUCUCUUCAAUUGCCUCUUCUAGACUUAACGAGGGACUGAGCGCAGCAUCUGCACAGCUCUCGAGUGCGAAGGUCGCUGUUGGAGCUCAGCCUACCCCGGUUCACCAGCAGUAUGUCGCGGAGGCUCAAAGGCGCUACUACGAAGGCAUUGGUCUUGCUCAUGCCCGCUACUCCGAGUUCCUCGAUGCCGCAUCCACGGCAGUGUACGGAUCUCCUACGCCUGCAUACCAGAGCUAUCUGAACGCCGCACAGAGUCAGUACACAGCUGCUGUCGGCGCUGCUUCGAGCCAUCUCCAAGAUUUGCUCGCUUCUGCCAGCUCCGUGGCCGGCCAGACCAGCAAGCCACCGGCACAAAGCGUCUUGGAUUCCGCGUCUUCCCAGUACGAUGCCGCCGUGUCCGCAGCUGCUGCCUCUUUCUCUGCUGCUUCGGCACAGGCAAGUAGUGCCAUUUACGGAACUUCAACGGGAGCUUUCGAGUCUGCCGCUUCGGCCGUUUCAGAGAAGGCCGAGUCCGUGGCUUCUGCAGCGAGUUCAGGUGUUGUGGGUUCGGAGACUCCCUGGACGGAGUCUGUUGCCUCGCAGGCCGCAGAGAACUGGGAAUCGUUGGUGGCUAGAGCCAGCGAACAGGUCUACGGCGCUCCUACCCCCUGGGCCGAGUCUGUCUACUCACAAGCUGGCGCUUAUGGGGCACAGGCCACUGAGGCCGCAGCAGCGCAGUAUGCGGCUGUCCAAUCUCUUGUGUCUGAGCUCGUUGUUGGCAAGGAGCCCGACUUCACUGAGAGCGUGAUGAGCCGCUUCCAAUCCGUGUAUCAGACCGGCUAUCCUGCGGUAGCAUCGUCUGCCUCGUCUUACGCAAGCGAGGCAUACGAGUCUGCUUCCUCGGUGGUCUCAUCCGUCUUCACUCCCCCCGCUGCGCUCGAAGAUAUCAUCGGAUCCGCCAACGACCAGAUCAAUUCAGCCGUGGAUGCCGUCAGCAUCCAGAUCUACGGCACCGAGAAGGGAGCCUACGAAAAGGCCACCGAGGCAGCCGGCAGCGCGUACAGCUCCGCCUCGUCCCAAGCCAGCGAAGCAGUCUACGGCACACAGACCGGUUACGCCGAGGCGGCGCAGAGCUCGUUGGCUGACGUCGCAUUCUCGGCUCAAGAGGCCAUUUCGAUCGCUAUUUAUGGCACACCCACGGGCUCCGUGGAAGCGGCUUCGGCCACUGCCGCGAACGUCUACUCUUCGGUCUCCGCCGCCGUCUCGAGCGCCGCUGAAGAGAACCUCGCAGCCGCUGGUGACCGCGCCGCCGCCGUCAGCUCGGCGGUCGGUGACGGCUACGCUGCCGCCGCGAGCCGGGUCAGCGAGGCCGUCUACGGUCCUCAGCAGGGUGCCUUGGAGAGCGCCACCAGCCGCCUGCAAGAGGUGGUCGAGAGCGCGCGCGCUCGGUUGAGAGAAUACGCGGUCGUUGCGGGAGACGGUGCGAACGAGAAGUUCGAGGAGGCGAAGAGCGUCGUCGAUGAGAUGGCGAGCAGCCUCUCCGAUAAGGAGAAGUCUGCUGCUGCCCAGGCGACGUCGAAGAGGGACGAGUUGUAG